AUGCCGAGAACCUCAUUCCAGCCCGCUGACCAAGAGUCCGCCUCCCAAAAGUGGCAACCGACGUCCGAGGCGCCCAUCUUCGUCAUUCGUGUCUUCUUAUCUACGACCACCAUCAAGGAGUGUUACACAACCGCCACCCCGGCCGUGAUUCAGGCUACGAUGAACCCCGUAGACAGCCCGGGCGAAGAACUGCAUACAGCUCGGCAUUGCAUAACAAACUUCAACCGCAAUUGA